CAGGAACUGAACACUCCUCCCCCGUGAGAAAGGAGAUCUUUUAAAGCAACUUUUGAGGAAACACUUACACAGAAACACUUUCCCUGUCAGACACCUGGCUCUUCAGUACAUUGUGAGGAAUUGAGAGAUGCAGCUGGUAAUUUUCUUCCUGAUGAUACUGACACACACAUAUGCAGAUUAUCCUGUAUUAAAAGCUGUUCUGUCAGAAAAGGGUCUCAGAGAUGUGUCUCAAAUGACGGCCGUUUGGAUACAAAACAAACUGAAGAGUACUGAAUUCCCAGAGGUUCGGGGUGGGGUGGACAUUGGGAUCGGCACUGUCAACUAUGCCAUCUCAAACAUACAGGUUGUGCAUUGCAGCAUGUCAGGCCCAUCAAUUGAAUUUGAAAAGGGAACAGUUGUAUCUGUGAAAGUCAGUAAACUCUCAUUUGCCAUCAAAGGCAGCUGGAAAACACAGUUUAGCAUCAUCCAUAAUGGUGGCUCAUUUGAUCUGGCCGUGUACAAUAUCAAUAUCAACACCCUCCUAGGGUUGGGGGAUGAAGCUGGUCGACUCUCCAUCACUACCAUUUCCUGUUGUGAUGACGUAGGAGGUGUGAACAUUCAGUUCCAUGGAGGUGCUAGGUAA